CUAUCAGGAUUCGAUUUAUUACUUGCUUAUACUUUAUGUAUGGAGAAUAAAGUGAAGUCGUCGACAUGAAAUCCAAAUAUUUUCUUGUCUGGCUGACAUAACUAAUAAAUUUGGUUUUGGGGCGGCGGAUAAAGUGAUAUUUCGAAAUUUCUUGUUUUCGAAACACAAGGUUGACCAGUCGAGCUUCCGAUCCGACACCACUUUGGUUUGAAACAAACUUUGAUCUGAAUUCUGAACUGAACAAAUUUUGCUGCUGGUUGGGCACCAAUGAAUAAUUUAGAAGGUGCAGUGCAGUAGAAGAAUAAUUCAAGAAAAAAACCUCAUAAGUCGUACCCACACCACAUGCAAACCGUAUCCCUAAAGAACUCAGAAAACACGAAAGGCGUGGAACUCAGUUGUUGAAGCAGCAGAGUUGCAUGGUCCUGCUCUGCUCCUACUCCUCCUAUAAUAUAAAGAUAAGACAAACAUUGAAUGAAACAGACACAUCUACCUCUCCUCGUCCUCGUCGUCCUCACCCCUUUCAUAAUCAACCACCUGAAAGUCAUGGCCACCUCCUUACUUGUGAAUAUGAAUCUGAUCAUGGCUGCAAUAAUAAUACUCUGCAAUAUUUCAUCAGUUUCUUCUACAAAUACAAAUACAAAUACUUCUCUUCCUCCACCUAUGAGCCCGAGGAAUCAAUAUGAAGAGAUUGGCGCUGCCAUAGGAGAGAUGCAAAGCGGCAACUACUUCACCUUUGUAAUGCUGAUGAACAUGGUAGGCCCCUUUGAUGAGAGACUAGAAAAGAACGUCACUUUCUUGAUGCCCAACGAUCAGAUGCUAUCAGAGGUGGUGUUGCCAGUGGCAGUGGCACAUGAGGAGGGGGACGCUGUUAUGGAUUUGUUGCUUCGUCAUUCAAUCCCUUCACCAUUGCUUUUCGAGUAUUUGGAACAUAUCCCAACAGGUUCAACAAUUCCCAGUUCAAAGCCAGGCUACUUACUCAGAGUCUCCAACAAUGCCAGCAACAAUGCAGGGAGGUAUUUCUAUCUCAACAAUGUCAAAAUUGUUAAACCAAAUGUAUGCGCUGCAUCGGCCUCUUCUAUUCGAUGCCAUGGCAUAGACGGGGUUCUAGCAGCACUAGCACCUCCUCCUCCUCCUUUACCACCACCACCUGAUCAAGAUGAUGAUUCUUGUUCUGAUAAAGCUCCUCCAGCCUCAUCAUCACCCGUUGAUGAUAAUCCAAAUACACCAGCUGCAGUGCCUGCCUCGCCCCCAACUGACCCAGCAAAUUUAAAAUCAUCAGCUGCUACCUCUUCUCUGUUUCUUUCGUCUCAUGAACAAGGUCGUGGUUUGAGGAUGUCAUUGACCAGCUGUGCUAUAUUGCUGUCCGUUUUCAUCUCUAUGAUCUAGUCCUAGUGUACUGUGCUAUAAAAUUUGAAGAUUUGGGUACUGCCUGGUACCAUUAAGCUUAAUAUUUAUACAUAUACUAAGGGUAUAUUGACCAACUAAAUGACAUUUCAUGAAUCAGUGCUUGUUGAAAAAGGUCAAAUAUACAUUAU